UAUGGAGCGGGGAGGCAAAAAGGAGGUAGCGGCUUGCUCUGCUUUUGUAGCCCAAUUAUUUAGGAAAGAAUAUUGCCGCAAUUGUUUUCGUAGCGAGCUUGAGCACUGUAACGCGGCCACUAACAAUGUUUCAGAUUUAAGAGAGACGCACCUAGACGAUUCCAGUCUACUAUCGCAGUCAGCAGAUAGUCUCGAGGCUAAACCAGAAUGUGAACAAGUUCUAAAAGACAAAGAUGAAGAGAAGGUUAAUAGGAGAAGAAUUGAGAGAGCCGAAGCGAUGGCCGAAGGAGUUAGGAUGCUUGCUGAUAGUUUAAAAGAAAAGUGCGAGAAUUUGGAAAAAGAGAAAAUAGAAAUGAAAAAAUGCCAUGAAACAGAACUCUCUACUGUCAGGCAACAGAUAGAGAGGCUGGGUGAACAGAAUAGCAAACUCGCAGAAAGAUUGUCAAUGCCAGAAAGUGAAAGGUUUCCAGACGAACAAAUGAAAGCGAUUAUUGAUGAGAAUCAUGAACUGCGAAGAGAACUACGGGAAUUACAAUUAGAGAUGGAUGAACUUCACGACCAAUUUCGGGACGAUGAUGAUGAAACUGUUAUGGAAAUUAGGGCAUUAAGAAGAGAAUUAGAUGCAGCUGCUAAGCAUUCAAGAGUCUUACAAUUUAAACUUCGAAAAGCCGAACGAAAGGUAGAACAACUGGAAAGUGAAAAGGCCACAGAGAGCUAUUCUCUGAGUUCAGAUGAAAGAAGUGAAAGAUUAAAGGAAGAAUUAACAGUUGCUAAAGAAGUUUCUGUUCGAUUACACGAUGAAUUAGAAUGCGUUGAGGAGAAACGAAUGAGAAGUGAACAAAUCAUCUCUGAAUUAAAAUUCGAAUUAGAAGAAUCUGGAGCGCAAAGAGACGCCCUUCACCAAGAAUUGGAAAGAGUUGAAAGAGAGUUGGAUUACGUGCGAAGUCUUGUACAAGGAGAUACAAACGUUAGUAAUUUAAGACGAGAACUGACAGCUAGUCAAGAAAGAGAGCAAGAUUUAAGAGAGCAAUUUUCCUACGUACAAGAAGAAGUAAGAACUCUAAAAGAGAAGCUGGCAGAAGCUGAAAGAGAAAUUCAGUCAUUAACAAAUCAAUUACAAGGUUUGGGAUCGGAUAUAAAUAAAUCAAAUAAACCGGAACCAUCGGAUUUACAAGAAAUGCUAACAGAGCUAAAAUUGGAAAAUGCCAACCUAAAAACUCAAAUAGGACGGUUACAGGAAGAUAGAGAUGAAAUUACAAACCACCGUCGGCCCCUAUUAUUAAAGAGUCAGUCCCUGGACGAAGUAUCAACGGGUAAGGGAGAAAAAGUGGACCAAAUUCAAGUUUUAAGAAACGUAAUAGGUGAAAGAGAAGACGAGAUAAAUCGUUUAGAGAAAGAAUUGAAUGACUUUAGACAAGAUCUAGAGCAUGUUAGAGAUAAUUUUGCGGCCCGAGAAAUUGAGAUGAAACGAGAUGUUGAAAACAUGACAAAUAAAUGCGCUCUUCUUAGCAACUUAUUACAAUUAGCCAAUGAACGAACUGGUAGUCUAGAAGGCCAAACUAACGGUUUAGACUCUUCUAUGAACAAUCAACUUUUGCAGAGGAUUGAGUGUCUGGAGCGUUUAUUAGCACACGAGAGAUUGAAAAAGAAGUAUGUUGACGCUGAAAAGAGUUCGGCAAUAGAUGGCGCUGAUUCACGAGGUGUUGAACACGAUGUAUUGAAGAAAGAGUUAAAUAUCGCUCAAAAGGAGUUGAAACAAUCUAGAGACGAAAUAUAUAUUUUAAAAGGACGAUUGGAUCAAAUUUCUGCAAAGCAAACAGAGCCUGACAAUAAGCGAUCGGCACCAUCAACUUGGAGAUGGGAAAAGGCUGAAUUAGAACGUCAGCUUGUUGAACAAAAGAAAAAAGGUGAACAAUUAAACAGACAUCUUCAAAGACAACUUGUCAAAUGGCAAUCGGCCGGAGGCGAUUCGAAUCAAUCAACACAAAAUCGUCUCGCGGUUCAUGCUCAAGCUCUAAAGGAAGAAUUAGGAGAAUUACAGCAAAAAUUCGAUAAUGAAUGCCAACUAAGACUGAAAUUGGAACACGAUAACAAAGCCAAAGAACAAAAGAUGGAAACGGAUAUUGAAAUAUUGAGAAAGGAUCUGGAAGAAAUGAAUAGACAAAACGUCGAAUUGCAUUCGACCGUUAAUGAUAAGGAUUGUGUUCUUAUUGAAAAGCAAAAAUUAGUAGACGAAAAGGAAAAAGGACUAGAAGAAUUAUGGCAACGCUACAGUCAAGUUCUUGAACAGUUGGAUCUUGUUAAAGCCGAAUUAAAUGUUCAAAAGAAAUUAUCUCAACAGCAAGAACUUCAAAGAGUCGACUUAAAAGAGCAAUUAGCAGAGAUAACAUCACAAAACCAGAGUCUAAUUUCGAAACUUGAGGAAAAGGAGGAUGAUAUACAGAGUAAAGAUAUCUCUAUAAAGGAUUUAUAUAAAAACGUUGCUGAACUAGAACAAAAGAUAAGAGAACUGGAAAAGGUUAUAGAUGAUCUUCAAAGGAGUCUAAAAUGUGAAAAGGAUAAAACUACAGCAACCGAAGGUGAGCUACAAAAGCAAAAGAAUUUGGACGCUUUUCGGAUUGCCAGAGAUUCGAAAAUGAUGCAAUUAACUAGUGAGUUAAUAGAAGCUAGAAGAAAAUUGAAUUGUGAAAGAAAGGAACGAUUCGAAUUUGAGUGCCAGACUCGUCGAGAGAUGGAAACUCAAAAAAAGAAAACUAUUGAAUUAGAAGACAAAUUUAAAAAAUUACAAAGCGAAAAGUCGACAGGAAAGUUUAAUUAUACGUCAGUUCUGAAAUCUCAUAAGAACGAUACCGAAAAGAAGGCUAAGGAGAGGAUAGAUCAACUAGAAAAAGAAUUAGCAGUUAUUAAGGAAGAACACGAAAAAGAGAGGAAAGACCAAUUUAGACUGCAAAUGGAAGCGUUGAAAUACGAAAGGCAAAUAACAGAUGAUAGCAGGAAACAAUUGGCGGCUUUCGUUAAGAAUUUCGGAAAAGCGGAAUCGACUGAAUUUAUAUCAUCGACUCCGGAAAGACCCACGAAGCAACACGUUUCGUUUUCGUCAUUAAAAUCGCUUCGUCAACAUUCUGUUGUUGAAAAAGGGUCAGCUAAGAUUUACGACAAUAAUAUUCGUAAAGUAUACGUUUCGGCCGAAAAUAUUUCAAAGAGACCGCCACCACCCGAACCGCAACCUCCCAGGGAAACUCGAUCCAGAGAUCGACAGCCGAGAAGAUUAAACACGGCCGCUCCAGACCUAGGUCAAAACGUUCCUUUCUCGCAGAGAAGACCUCCAUUGACAAGAUCAUCUGUUCAUCAAACGGGAACGAGAUCGGCUAUAUCGUCGAGGGAUCCUUCGCCGUGUUCCCACCUGCCCAGACCGCCGCCAAAUAUGAUCAUUACUCCUUCUCAAACUCCUCAGAGAGCUCCCAGUAUAGAGCAUAUCGGACAGCCAUUGACUGAUAAUGACAUGCGUGACCUAUACGCCAGAUUAAGAAAAGUUAGCAUGCGAAGGAGGAAUGACAGCGAAAGCACCAACGACGAAGUAUUCGAAGAGCCUAAACGACUUGUAAAUCCACUUCCACCACCCUCGGCAGAAACUAAGAAGAGAGCAAUGAGAGCAUCUAGCGAAUCUAGGUUACCUUUCGUUCAAGUAAAAAGUACGUCGACAACAGGAAAAGAGGACGGAAUUGUGAGAAGAAGUUUGCAAGCUCUACGAAGAAAAUUCAGCGUAGGAGAUAAAUGA